GCAGCGGGAGCCGGUGCGCCAACAUGCGGGCAGAGAGCAGCGAGCUGCGGGGCGCUGAGCGGCUUCACCGGGACCUGCUGACCCGGGGAGUCCAGGGCUGAGGCCGCCUGUCGUCCCGCGGGGACCCGAGUCAUGGACAGAGAGGAUCCGCUCCUCUCUGAGCUCUGACAAACUCUGGAGCGCGUCGCGCCCCGGUGCGCGGUGCGUGUGGUGCGCCCUCCAAGCUGCCUGUUGGAUUCUGGUGUCAAACUAUGAACUGUGCGCACUGAGUCUGAGUCUUUGGAUGAACUGUGCGCACUGAGUCUGAGUCUUUGGAUGAACUGUGCGCACUGAGUCUGAGUCUUUGGAUGAACUGUGCGCACUGAGUCUGAGUCUUUGGAUGAACUGUGCGCACUGAGCUGUGGAGCCGCUGUGGACGCGCACUGAGGACAUGGAUAACUGUUAUUUCUUUGCUGUGUUUCUGCUCGUUCUCUCUCUGGGCUUCAGGAUCGAGGAGGGCAUGUGCCAACACUAUUAUCUCCUCCGACCCAUCCCCAGUGACACUCUGCCCGUGGUGGAGCUGAAGGAGGACCCGGACCCGGUGCUGGACCCUAAGGAGAAGGACCUGAAUGAGACGGAGCUCCGGAGCGCGCUGGGCAGCCACUUCGACCCGCACUUCAUGUCCGUGUCCUCCCCGGAGGACAAGUACUCGGGGAACGAGGAUGUGAGCGACGCAGAGAUGAGACAGAAACUCUCCGGGCUGAUGCCCAAAGAGAUCCGGGCCAUGGAGUUCGAGGUGCAGCACGGGAAGAAGCAGAAGCCGAGUAAGAAGCUCCGGAGGCGGCUGCAGCUGUGGCUGUGGUCGUACGCCUUCUGCCCGGUGCUUUACGCAUGGAACGACCUGGGCAGCAGGUUCUGGCCGCGCUACGUGAAGGUGGGGAGCUGCCUCAGUAAGAGGUCCUGCUCGGUGCCGGAGGGGAUGCUCUGCAGACCCUCCAGGUCCACUCACUUCACCAUCCUGAGGUGGCGCUGUCUGCAGAGGAGAGGCGGCCUGAAGUGCGCCUGGAUCCCGGUUCAGUACCCGAUCAUCUCAGAGUGCAAGUGCGCGUGUCCGAACUGACUCUCAUCAUUAUCUUUAUACACAAACUGAAAAACACUGAUUUAAAAAAAACAAAAUCAAAUUUUCACUGAUGAUUGAAAAAUCAUUUUAUUACAAAUCAUUAAAAAUCGGAUUUUCAAGAUAACUGGUUAAAACAGU